AUGAAUGCAGUAGCAAAGCAGUCGCAUCCACUUGGAGGUCCAUCUCGAAACUGCGUUUGCUCGAGCGUCUCCACGUUGGCGCUACUUACAAUGCGACCCUCACGCCAGAAGAGGGAAGAGAGGGACGUUGAAGGACAGAAACAGAAUCGAUGCCUCGAACGAGGAGGAGACACCGAUCAAGAUCUAGAACUCCGUCAUCAGAGUCUUACAGAUCGUCUGUAA